UGACGUUGGCUUUUAAGACAGUGCCUGAUUAUUACUUUCGUUUCAUGAGCCUACCAAGCUUCCGAGAGUAGGACAACGCUGCGCCUCAAUCUCUGGAGCUGGACAACUGAACUGAUACUUGGUAAAAAGUGAAAUGGCUGGCAUACCAGACCAGGUGACUGACAUGGAGGUUGAUCCAUCAAACACUACAACAGAUGCUGAUAUGAUGUCUUCCAUGACUGAAGUGAGUCCAUCAGCUCCCCCACAGAACCUUACAUGGCCGCAUGCUUCUACUGCCCCGACUGGACUGACAGAUGCAACAUCAGAUCACCACAGGACUACUGACGUACAUCUGCUUUCAGCAUCCACCUACUCCACCUCAACCUUGGAAAAUCCUCAGUCUAGAGCGACACAUGUGGAUGGUCGGGAUGAUGUUACUGGUUCCUCAGAUAUGUCUGCGGAGAAAAAGCCCCAAACUGAUUUGGCUACAAUCUAUGCCAAUGUGCAGUGGCAUAAUCAAACUGUACCACGAAAAGCAGCCCAAAAACUUCAAAAAGCCCUACAGAGAUGGUUCAACAAGGACUGUGCUGUGAAGACAAUUUCAUGUGAUUGUUUACCUCUGAACAAUGAAGACAGUUUUUUGUUGAAGAUGUCCUCUUCAGUGAAGAAUGAAGAAUUGUUAUAUGCUUUAGAUACCCUACCGAAAGAAUUGGACCUGUGUGUCGAAGACAGUAAAGGCAAAUUUCCAGAUUGCAAAGUUCUGUUUCAGAAGACACCACCAGAGACUCAACGAUCAGACCGUAACAUAAAAACUCCUGAGAAUAUCCCAAAGAAAGAAACAUAUGCAGCACCAAAUGACCGUUCUAAUGGAAUGGUGACAAGUGGACGAGCAGGGAGCGCGUGCAGUGUCCCUCUGACCAUCUACUGGUACAUGAUCUCAGCAUAUCAAAAAGAAAUACAAAGCAUAGAGACAAAACAUCAAGUCAAAAUUCAGGAAAGUGUAAAAGUGACCAUCGAAGAGGCCCAGGAUAUAAACAACUAUCUGCAUACAAAUGAAGCACUUGAAGAGUUCAUCGACCUUGUCCAGAAGCAUACAGGUGAUUUGGACAGCUACGGUAUUAAUCUGGAUCAAGUUGAUUCUAAAGACUUAGUUGAUGCGCUGAAGAAGGAUCCCAGGUUGCGGCUGUCUCAUUCCUCCGAUAAGCUCAUUAUAUUUGGGCCUAGCGAGAGCAUAAGGCGAGUUCAGAAUGUCAUGGGCAAUAAUUCCUCAAUACAUAUGCCGGCAUCCUCUGGGGCGUCUGGUUGGCUGCCACAGAAUAUCACUAUGGAUAUCAAGGACCCCCUGGUGACCCGUGGGCUCUCCAUGCCCCUGAGCCUCUGGAAGUUGUUGAAUGGGGCCUUUGAUCAGAACAUAAAAGACAUCCAAGAUAAAUUUGGUGUGAAAAUGAAGAGUGAGCACUCUGAUGGUAAAGUCCUAGUGAGAGCCGAGCCCAGUGAUGGACAGACCGUUUCUCUAGAGAGCCACGCCCUCAGAGCCCUGAUGCACAUCUACCAGAGGGUUGCCACGACAACCAUGAGCUGCAGCCUGCUGGCUUCUGAUCGGAAGGCGGCUGUAGAGGACAUGCUGGAUAAAAUCCACUCUCUGCACCCUCAUGUUUGGCCAGAAGUGAACUCUGGCUCCUUGAGACUGUUGGGCCUACCACAACAUUUGGGCCCUGCUGUCACUGAGUUGGAGAGGAAGAUGGGAGGGCCUGUUUUCAAGGAAGAGGACAAGCAGAAGAUCCUAUACUCAGGAGACGACAGGUCCAGAGCUAGAACACCUAGUGACGGAAGGGCAGGAGGCGGAGCUACAGGAAACGAUGAUGAAGAGUGUUCCAUUUGCAAGGACACAUUUACAAACAAGAAGAAGUUAACAUGCAACCAUGAGUUUUGUAGCGACUGCCUAAAGCGAUCAGUGGCGUCUCUAGGUCCUACCUGUCCUUUGUGCAAGCAUGUGUUUGGGGAGAUGAAAGGCGAUCAGCCUGAAGGGAGGAUGUGUGAUGUGACAACGGAAGAAAAACUACCUGGAUUUAAUUACUGUGGCACCAUAAUCAUUGAUUAUAGAAUUUUUGGAGGAAUUCAAUCGGAGAGGCACCCCCACCCUGGAAAGCCUUUUUAUGGGACUACCAGAUUUGCAUAUCUACCAAACAACAAGGAGGGCCAAGAGGUCUUGAGGCUGCUACGGAAAGCGUUUGACCAGAAGCUAAUCUUCACUAUUGGGACAUCCAGAACUACUGGGGAAGAAGGCAUGGUGACCUGGAAUGACAUCCACCACAAGACCAACAAAUCUGGAGGCCCAGAGCACUUUGGAUAUCCAGAUGAAGGCUAUCUGGCCAGAGUGAAAGAGGAGCUGAAAUCCAAAGGCAUCGAAUGAAGACAUUUAGAGAAUCAAGCACCUGUGCCUGUAGCCCCCUGACAGCUGGAAGAUAUUCAAGGUGUAGAACAGUCCUAUGCCACAUCAGGGUUUUCUAAUCUUUCAAGUCUUGAUCCGUAUUUUUGUUUUUGAUGAUUACGGGACAAAUCGUGGAUAUAUAUCAUAAGGCCCUCCUGUAGAUUAAUUCUAAUUGGAAAUGUCUAUGGAAAGUAUAGUAUGUAAAGUAUGUUUAAAUCAUAAUUUCUUUUGCUUAUCAUGCACAGUAAGGGAAAUCCAGAAAAGCUGGUUGUGCACUUAAUGCAGUGACUCCAGGGACUAGUGAUGCAGCAACACCCAGGUUCUACUGCCCUGUAUGAGGUAUACUAGAGCGAUACUAGAGCGAUAACAAGCAUGAACUGUAUUACCCUUGCAGUUGUUGCUGCGUGCCAACCAUAUCAUUACAUAUGAAUAAACCAUAUCAUUACAUAUGAAUAAACCAUAUCAUUACAUAUGAAUAUACUUCAUAUAUAGAAUAUGUAACAAGUGGUGCUGAUAACCAAUUAGAUUGCAUUCAGAUUCAUCAACUUGUGUUAUCAACACGUACAAUGUUCACUUUAAUUUGUAUUCACUGCUGAUUAUGUUUUGGGUUUGAAAAAUGACAAUAAAAACUACAGAGAAGGCUGUGUUUUUUCUUUGCAUGUAUGUAGAGCCUCCUGGGUCUAAGAGAACUGCAUUCUCUAAAGGAACAGGUUGCACCUCUGGUUAUCACAAUGGUCAUUCUAUUAGAAUACAUGUGAAAAGAAAAGACAAAAGCAGCAGGUAGUUUUCUGUACAGUUUUUUAAAUUUUAUUUAUAACAAUAUCUGUUAUUUAGUUUGUAAAGUACUCCAGCAAAAAUUAAAACAUUAUUCUCUUUCCAGAAGAAA